GGCGGGGGCGGCGGCGGCAGUGGCGGCGGCGGCGGGGCCCCGGGGGGGCUGCAGCACGAGACGCAGGAGCUGGCCUCCAAGCGGGUGGACAUCCAGAACAAGCGCUUCUACCUGGACGUGAAGCAGAACGCCAAGGGCCGCUUCCUGAAGAUCGCUGAGGUGGGCGCGGGCGGCAACAAGAGCCGCCUCACUCUCUCCAUGUCAGUGGCCGUGGAGUUCCGCGACUACCUGGGCGACUUCAUCGAGCACUACGCGCAGCUGGGCCCCAGCCAGCCGCCCGACCUGGCCCAGGCGCAGGACGAGCCGCGCCGGGCACUCAAGAGCGAGUUCCUGGUGCGCGAGAACCGCAAGUACUACAUGGAUCUCAAGGAGAACCAGCGCGGCCGCUUCCUGCGCAUCCGCCAGACGGUCAACCGGGGGCCCGGCCUGGGCUCCACGCAGGGCCAGACCAUUGCGCUGCCCGCACAGGGGCUCAUCGAGUUCCGCGACGCUCUGGCCAAGCUCAUCGAUGACUACGGAGUGGAGGAGGAGCCGGCCGAGCUGCCCGAGGGCACCUCCUUGACUGUGGACAACAAGCGCUUCUUCUUCGAUGUGGGCUCCAACAAGUACGGCGUGUUUAUGCGAGUGAGCGAGGUGAAGCCCACCUACCGCAACUCCAUCACCGUGCCCUACAAGGUGUGGGCCAAGUUCGGACACACCUUCUGCAAGUACUCGGAGGAGAUGAAGAAGAUUCAAGAGAAACAGAGGGAGAAGCGAGCUGCCUGUGAGCAGCUCCACCAGCAGCAGCAGCAACAGCAGGAGGAGACCGCCGCUGCCACCCUGUUGCUGCAGGGUGAAGAAGAAGGGGAAGAAGAUUGAUCAAACUGAAUGGAAAAAAACCCACACACACAUGCAUACACACACACACACAC